CACUUCCGUUCCUGUUAUUCUUAUCUGUCUUUCUUUGUACGUACUAGCAUUAAACUUGCUCAUUAAUUUGCGUAAACUCAAAAACAAACAAAAAAGUGUGAACUCUUCUCUCUUCCUUCUCAUUCAUGAUACAAAAAACACACACUUCUCUCUUCCAGUUUCUUUUUUCCAGUUUCCUUCAACCCCAUAGACAAUGAAUCAAUGGAUCGGGUCAAUAUUCCUAUGCAUUAUCAGCACAUUGCUUCUGAUGAACUGCUUGGUGGCGGCGGAGUGGGAGACGUGUUCGGGGAUAGUACCAAUGCAAAAUCGAUAUGAUAAGAUAUCGAUAUUGGACUUUGGAGGUGUAGGUGAUGGGCGAACAUCGAAUACAAAAGCAUUUAAAGAAGCAAUUUUUAGAAUUCAACACUUGAAGAGGAGGGGUGGAACUUUGCUUUAUGUACCUGCUGGUGUAUAUUUGACUGAUCCAUUUAAUCUUACUAGUCGAAUGACUCUUUAUUUGGCCCGUGGUGCUGUUAUCAAAGCCACUCAGGAUCCCAGUCAAUGGCCAUUGGUCGAUCCAUUGCCUUCAUAUGGGAGAGGAAGAGAGCGAGCUGGUGGAAGGUAUAUGAGCUUACUCCAUGGAAACGGGCUCCAUGAUGUGAUUAUCACUGGUGAGAAUGGUACUAUUGAUGGCCAGGGUGAUGUUUGGUGGAAUAUGUGGAGACAAAGAACUCUUCAAUAUACACGACCUCAUCUCAUUGAACUGAUGAACUCCAGAGGCAUAAUCAUUUCUAAUGUCAUUUUCAAGAACUCCCCCUUUUGGAAUAUCCACCCUGUUUAUUGCAGCGAUGUUGUUAUUCGAUAUGUCACCAUAUUGGCUCCAGCUGAUUCACCAAACACUGAUGGAAUUGAUCCAGAUUCAAGCUCUCAUGUGUGCAUAGAAGACUCCUACAUUUCCGUAGGGGACGACCUAAUAGCUGUAAAGAGUGGCUGGGAUCAAUAUGGCAUUGCUUAUGGUCGUCCUAGUCAUGGCAUAACCAUCCGAAGGAUAACUGGAUCAUCUCCAUUUGCUGGAAUUGCAGUUGGAAGUGAAACCUCUGGUGGCGUAGUGGAUGUUCUAGCCGAGCAUAUAAACCUUUUCAAUAUGGGAGUUGGCAUUCACAUUAAGACAAACAUUGGUCGAGGAGGGAUGAUCAGAAACAUUACAGUCUCAAAUGUCUACAUGGAAAAUUCACGUACGGGGAUUAAGAUUGCAGGUGAUGUUGGGGACCAUCCGGAUGAAAAAUACAAUCCGAAUGCUCUUCCAAUUGUUGAGGGUAUCAAGAUUAAGGAUGUUUGGGGCGAAAAGGUUUUGCAGGCUGGUUUGAUUCGUGGUAUUAAGAAUUCGCCUUUCUCUGGGAUUUGUCUCUCCAAUAUCAACCUUCAUGGAAACAACCCCGGACCACGAAAAUCCCCUUGGAAAUGCUCAGAUGUUAGCGGCGCUGCAAUUCAAGUCAGCCCUUGGCCUUGUGUGGAACUCGCCAGCAGCCAACAAACUGGUGCAUGCCCUACCUACUUCUGAGUAUCUUGUAAUUCUUUCACUACUAAAAAAACACAGGAAUUAGAGGUCAAAUUCUGUAGCUAAAUAAGUUCUGUCGCUAAUCCUAUUUAGCGAUGGAUUAUCACAAAAUUAUGUUAGCUAAGAUCAAUUAGCGACAAAGUUCGUAACUAAUUCCAGUUUCUUUUUGUAGUGUUACUUCCAAUUCAAUUCAGUAAAUCACAAAAAAGAAAUGAAGAAUUUUGUUCUAGCUCUAAGUGAAACUGUAAUUUCAACUUUGUAUUCCAAUAAUAUUGUAUACAUGUAAUAAUCCUUCUUACUA